UCCGUUGCCUCCUGCUCCCGCUUCUAUUCCUGCCGUUUCCACACUUGAACCGUCGCGUUAAAAUAUUUCGGAGGCAUCCUUUUAAAACUAGUGCAUGUGAUUGUUUAUGAAUGGCCGUUCUGUUCGACAAGGUGGACAAGAUUGAUUCGACGAUUUGGAGCAAGGUGCGAUCCGCCGGACGAAGAAUGGGCACAGGUGAUCGUUUGUUGGACAUUCCAUGCAAAGUAUGUGGUGAUCGAAGUUCUGGCAAACAUUAUGGCAUUUACAGUUGCGAUGGUUGUUCCGGAUUUUUCAAACGAAGCAUUCAUCGUAAUCGAGUCUACACCUGUAAAGCCACCGGCGACCUGAAAGGACGUUGUCCUGUUGACAAAACUCACAGAAACCAGUGUCGCGCUUGCCGAUUGCACAAGUGUUUUCAAGCCAGUAUGAAUAAAGAUGCUGUGCAACAUGAGAGAGGUCCUCGCAAACCAAAACUCCACAACAAUCCAGCACAUAUGCAUCACUCGGGGGUGGGAGCCGGUAUACCGCCGUUGCCCGGCGAUAAGAUGCAGCCGGCAUCGCUGCACUUUGCGUCGGGACUCUUCGGGCCGGCACACCCACACCCGCUGAAGGCAUUUGCGCUACCACCGGGCGCCGCCGCCAUUGCGGCUGCCGCUUCUAGUCCGUCGCAGCAUUUGGACAUUCCACCACCGCUCUUUCAUCCUCAUCAAGCAUUUCCACCUCCGCCACUGUUGAAUAUUCUCAUGUCAGCAGAAAAAUGUCAGGAAUUGGUUUGGAACACUAAAAUGCAAACUUCUUUACAUCAUGCCGGCCAGCUUCCUUCCACCACGCAACCGGAGUCUACUACCGAAUCGUCUUCCGGUUUGUCUGUUGCUAGUCUGCCACCCAGUAGUCCCCCCUUGGGAUUGAGUUUAAUUACACCAACGUGGGAUAUUUUGCAAGAAACAACAGCGCGGCUUUUGUUCAUGGCCGUGCGAUGGGUCCGUUGUUUGGCGCCGUUUCAAACACUUAGCAAGCAUGAUCAACUUUUAUUGUUACAAGAAUCUUGGAAGGAACUUUUUCUAUUGCAUCUUGCGCAAUGGUCUGUUCCAUGGGACUUAUCUGCGUUGCUAGGAUGUCCGCAAGCUAGAGAACGACUGCCACAAGAUUUACAUACAGCAACAGAAAUUAAAACUAUUCAAGAAAUUAUGUGUCGUUUUCGUCAAAUCUCACCAGAUGGAAGUGAGUGUGGAUGUAUGAAAGCUAUAGUACUCUUCACACCGGAAACAGCGGGUUUGUGUGAUGUGCAACCAGUGGAAAUGCUUCAGGAUCAAGCUCAGUGCAUUCUUGGCGAUUAUAUACGCACUAGAUAUCCUCGGCAACCAACGCGAUUUGGUCGUCUUUUAUUGCUUGUACCGAGCUUACGCGCAAUUCGUCCAUUAACGGUAGAACUGCUCUUUUUUAAAGAGACCAUCGGCGAGAUUCCAAUUACUCAACUCUUGGGCGAUAUGUAUUACAUGGAAAAAUGUGGUUCCGUGCCAACAUAAAUAAUAUCGCCACAAAAUAUUUAAACUUUGAAAUCGAUUUGUGCAAAUGAAUCCUGCAAAGUUAAAUUCUAAAUUCUACUCAAAUUUAAACUGAAACUUCCAAACAUAGGUACACAUGUCAUUAAUAUUAAUAACUAAAAAAUCCAUAAUACGAACUAAAUGUACAUUAAUUAUCUUAAAUUAUUUUCUGUGAUAUACUUGUUUAGCUUAUAGUUUCAAAUUUCACUUUAUUGGUAAGAGUUAUUUUAAUGCUAUACCUAAC